UAAAAACCUUUGAUUUAAAUGGUAAUAAGUGUUUAAAAUGCUAGGAUUAACAAUCGCGUUGAUAUGUGGGCUUCUUGCACUGGGUUCCUGUGGUGCUUUGGCAGAUACCGAACCCUUUUGCCUUUUAAAAGACCCACCCAACCAGUGCGGAGGAUUCUGCCUUAGUGUUUUAACACCAGUGUUGAAUCACCUGACCAUAUCGCAGGAUCAGAGGACUCCCAGUGAUCCCAAAAAAGCCAAUGAGGUCCUGCUGAGGCAGUACACAAUGGAAAAACAACUGACUGCCUUGCAGGAAAAGCAAACCACCUUCGAGACCUCACUGGAGAAUCAACAAAAAUCCUUGGAUAACAGCCAUGUAAACUUGACUGAGAGAGUGGAUGAUUUGGAAAGCCAACUGUCAGCGUUGCAGGAAACCUUGUUCAGAGUGGAAACCAAAAUUAAAUAUCUGGGAUUCGAGCAAGUCGGCUCGAAAUACUUGUAUAUAGAAAGGAUAACCGAGAAGAACUGGGCCUCUGCUUCAAAGUAUUGUCGCAACAUGGGCGCUCACCUGGCUGACAUCAAGGACCAGGAGGAACUCUCGGCCAUACAGGCGGGUCUCAAGAAGGACACCCACUACUGGCUGGGAAUCAGUGACCUGGGCCACAAGGACGAAUUCCUGUCCAUGGCCACGGGGAAGCCAGCUCCUUUCCUGAAAUGGGCCACUGUUCGUCCAACUCGAUUGGACUCCUCCAACUGCGUUUUCCUUUAUAAUGGCGAAAUGUACGAUUAUCCCUGCAAGUAUAGUUUCCAUUUUAUUUGCCAGAAAGAAGAGGAAAAUGAGUAAAUCUUUAUCAACUCAGCAUGCAUUGAAAGUUAUACCCCUUAAAUGUUGUAAAUUUGGGGUGUUUUAUGUAUCUCUUGGGAAAAAUAAAAAAUCUUAAAGCAUGCCGUAACACUUACGUUAUUUUAUUCAAUCCAUCAGACCUUCAUUAGCUUAUCUCUAUGGCCCGCUUUAUGGUUACUAAAUAUAUAGCCAUCUCACUUCAUAUUGCACUUUCAAUCAAAUAAAAUACGCACAAAAAAGUGAAAUU